AUGCCUAGAUUUAAACAAGUUGAUGUAUUUACCAAAGUUAAAUAUUUUGGAAAUCCAGUAGCUGUAAUUUAUGAUGCAGAUGAAUUAACUGAUUCACAAAUGCAAGAUAUUGCAAGAUGGACAAAUUUAUCAGAGACUACAUUUAUAAUUAAACCAAAAUCAACAAUAAAUGCAAAUUAUGGAUUACGUAUAUUUACUCCAACUGAAGAAUUAACAUUUGCUGGUCAUCCUACAUUAGGUUCAGCAUUUGCUUUAUUAGAAGAUGGGAAAAUUAUUCCUAAAAAUGGUAAAAUUUAUCAAGAAUGUAAAGCUGGAUUAGUUGAAAUUACAAUUUCUGAAAUUGAUAAAUCAUUAUCUUUUCAAUUACCAUUUUAUAAAAUAACAUCAAUUCUGAAUGAUGUUAAAAAUGAAGUUGAAUUAAUUUUGGGGAAAAAAUCAAUUGGUAAUCCAAUACUUAUUGAUGAUGGACCUAAAUGGGCAGUAUUUGAAUUUGAAUCAGGUAAUGAUGUAUUAAAUUUAAAUAUUGAUUUAAAUAAAAUUGAAAAAAUUAGUAAAAUUAAUAAUUGGACAGGUAUUGGAGUAUUUGGUAAACAUAAAGAUACCGGAUUAUAUGAAUUAAGAAAUAUAGCUCCAAUAACUGGUGUACCUGAAGAUCCUGCUUGUGGUAGUGGUUCAGGUGCUGUUGGAGUAUACUUAAGUUCAGCUCAUUCAAAUUCAGGAAUUUCUUCAUUUGAAAUUACUCAAGGUACUCCAAUUAAUAGAGAUGCUAAAAUUAAAGUUCAAAUUAAAGAUGAUGACAACAACGAAGGAAUAAGUAUUCAUGUUGGUGGUCAUGCAGUUACUUGUUUUGAAGGAUCGUAUUCUAUCUAG